AUCCUGCAAAAGCAACCAGUACUCUUAGGCGCUGAGACAUCGGUCUAGCCCCCAGCUAUACUUCGUUACCAUCACUCAUGCCGAAAUACACUGGGAAACUCCUGUGACCUUAUACUACGAUUGUGACCCUAUUUGACCUACGAGUGUCGCGAGGAUCGGCAGAUGCAGAGUCCUGGAACCAACCAUAGUAAAGAGUUCAAAGGCAGCCAGAUGCGCGCGCGACGGUCGUGGGCCUCCCGGCCGGCAGGAGGCGCUGCGGCCGUUCCCAAGCGCCGCUGGAUUGCGCAGUCAUGCUCACCGCCACGGCAGAGGUGCCGACUACUGCGGACGCCCCCGGAUCUGCGGAGCCGCCGUGGGCCUGGAGCUCACCGCCAGUACCUGCUCAGUGGCCAGCACCACGACUUCCCGCGUUAUCGGAGUGUCGUGCAUGAGGUGACCCAGGUCUUCGCCGCCGCCUCGCGGGAGGUUCUGGCGGUGGAAGCGGAACUAGCGGGGCCUCGCGCGCAGCUGAUGCUCGCUCGCCACGUGCGCAGGCUGCAGGAGCUGGAACAGACGCGCCUGGCCACAGUGGCGCUGCUGCAGGUGAUGGGGACACCAGGAGUGUCAGAACAGGAGGACCCUGAAAAGUUGCGCCAGCUGAAAAUAAAGGUAAUUAAAACCAUGGAGGCGAUCAGCGAGGUUCUGCAGGAACUCAGGUUUGAUGCCGAAUCUGCAGAGUGAGGGCGGCUCCCAAGGGACCAGAGGAAGAUGGGAAAAGAGGCCCAUGGCGUCCAGCCCAGCCCUGACCGCCAGCUGGCUGAGGUCGUGCCCCGCCGGGCUGCCCUCCAACGCGCCUCACAAAAUAAAGAAUUCUCCCUCUGCA